ACAAUUUGUGUCCAUAUGGAUGCCCCUUUCUUGCCUCAAACAUGCACACACUUAAUAAUAAUAAUUGUGUAUAUUUCAGAUUAUGCCAACCACCCUUGUAUACGUGAGUGUGAGGAGGGAGCGGCCCCUAUGACCUGCGUCUAUAACUUCACAGUGGAAUACUACUUCGUCUUGACCAAAGCCUGCUAUGAUUGCCCGUACAACGUCACUGACUGCUACCGGCCGCACUGUGUUGCUGCUGACGGCGUCGGUAGGGGGAUCAUCACCACAAACAGGAUGCUACCAGGACCUGCCGUACAGGUUUGUCAGGACGACAUGAUCAUCGUCAACGUGCACAACAAGAUGGAGGGUGCCGAGGGGGUGACCAUCCACUGGCACGGCGUCUUCCAGAAGGGUUAUCAACAUCAUGACGGAGUCAGCAUGGUCACCCAGUGUCCGAUAACAGCCCACUCCACGUUCCAGUACAGGUUCAAGGCAGGUAACCGUGGAACUCAUUUCUGGCACGGUCAUGCCGGCGUUCACCGAUCAGACGGUCUGUUCGGGGCGCUGAUCAUCCGGGAACCUCCGUCACGUGACCCGUCCUCCCACCUGUACGACCAUGACCUUCCUGAGCACUCCAUGCUUGUACACGACUGGCUUGUGGAACUGACCAUCAACAGGUUCGCCGGCCACCACCACGCCGGUUACGACAACAAACCUGCGUCUAUGCUCAUCAACGGUCGGGGAGCGUUCCGUGAGUUCCAGAGCUCGGACAGCAACGAGACCAUCUACACCCCAUAUUCUGUGUUCCAUGUCAAGAAGGACCAGAAGUAUCGCUUCCGGGUCAUCAGUAACGGCAUCCUGAACUGCCCCAUCCAGGUCUCCGUGGACAACCACGACAUCAUCAUGAUCGCCACCGAUGGUGUGCCACACGAACCUGUCGUCGUCAGCUCCUUCAACAUCUUCGCUGGAGAGAGUCAGCUGUUGAACCCCUGGAACAAGAAGGGUACCCCUGACAUGACCCCCGUGGCCUGGUUGAACACCACCCUGGCAGAUCCGCCGCACUUCAAGCAGGUGCCCGAUAAGAAGUUUUACAUUGCCAUGGACUUCAACAAGAUAGACAACUAUGUUUUCCACCACGAAGAGUUCUAUCCCUUGGCUGCCGUUAACCUGAAUAAAAGACUGUAUUUACCACAGCUGAAUCAUAUCAGUAAUGUUCAACCUCCGUCACCACCCCUGUCUCAGUUUGCUGACAUACCCAAGGACAUGUUCUGCGGCCCCCACAACACCAGGAACUGCAGCCAUGAGUACUGUGAGUGCAUCCACCUCAUCAAGGUGGACCUGGACGACACGGUGGAGAUGUUGCUCAUUGAUGAGGGCGUCACCUUCAACGCCAACCAUCCGAUACAUCUACACGGACACCACUUCCGGGUUGUGGCCAUGGACAGGGUCAACGAAUCUACCUCUCUAGAGGAGAUCAAACAGAUGGAUGCUGAUGGUCUGAUUGAAAGGAAUCUAGACACACCUAUAGCUAAAGACACCGUCACGGUUCCUGAUGGAGGCUACACUGUCAUCAGGUUUCAAGCAGAUAAUCCGGGUUUCUGGCUGCUGCACUGUCACAUCGACUUCCACGUGGCAAUCGGGAUGGCUCUCAUCGUACAGGUGGGGGAGCUGAACCAGAUGCCCCGACCCCCUAAACACUUCCCCCGGUGUGGGAACUGGGAGUACACGGGGGAGGAGGAGGAAGAGGAGAAGCCCAGCUGUCCGGCCAGUGGAGCAGGAGGGAUAAAAGAAGGAUCACCAUGGAUACUAGCAGUACUGUGUAUAUUCGGAGUGGGAUAUAGCCGUUACUACACAUAAAUAUCACUGGACUCAGGUUACAGGUAGUCACUGCUGAUGCUAAUGACUCUUUGUGAUUUAGCUUGUUUUCCAUCAGGCCUCCUCAGUAAAUUGAAAAUGUAAUUAAAUCACCUACAACAUACAUCAUCACAAAAUACCGUCCAAACUACAAUGAACAUAAGCUGAAGCAGCACCUGUUGUUGAAGGUUGAAGAAGAUCCGAAUAUAUUUACAUCGAAUUAUUUUUGUACAAAACUAUUUUAAGUGAAGUUAGAUUAUUUUAUAACCAAGUCUUUAUUUGUUAGGGAAGAUUAUUGCAUCGUUUAAAAUGUUCAGCGUUUAGGAAGCAAGAAGAAGGGUGAUCUCAAAGACUAAGUCCCUACCAUGACAGGAUGUCCACCUUUUGCUUCGUGGACAAGCGAACGUUGUGGUGUGAAUUCCAGCACUAGAACAUUAUAUGAAAUCCAGUUAUGAAAUCCAGUCCUUAGUGUGCAGGAGAUCAUUUGUAAAGAACUAUAGACUUGGACUCGUUACAAUUUCGUUGUCUGUCAAAUAAUGAUCGUGCACCGAGCUCACACCCCUGUCAUUUACACGCUAUAUAUGACUAAUAAAAUAUUUUUUCCCUUUGUAAAAAAAUGUGA